GUGGAUGCCGCUGAAAAAAUUGCAUGGCGGGUGGGAGGGACUCUCUCUCUCCCUGUAAAAACCCUGCGUGACCAUCAUCAUCAUCAUCAUCAUCAUCAUCAUCAUCUUCGUCUCUGAUCCUCCAUUGAAGAAACGAAACGACUCUUGCAGCAGCAACGACGAAGGGAGGAGUGGAAGACGGAAAGCUCCACCCCGCCAACUCCCUCCGCUCCGGUUACAGAAAACGAAGGAGGACCACGUGCCGUUGUCCUUGCGUUCUUGGUCCGUGGCGGGUCGCGGUCGGAGCUCGAUCACCGUCGAGUGUUGAUCGGCGGCGGCGGCGGCGGGGGUGUCGAGGAUCGUCGGGAUCGGGCGGGGCGGCAGAGCGGCGACCGGAGGCUUGACUUUUUCGCUACCUCCCUCUCGCUUUCUUGGUCUCCGCCAGGAAAGCUGCCAUACUGGGGUGAGCAGUAUUGAGAUUCAUGGGUUGGUUGAGCAAGAUCCUCGGAGGUUCUAGCCAUCGGAAGCAUUAUCAUGGGGGAUACGGAGGUUAUAGAAGUGGGGAGGAGACGCAUAAUUCCGAGGAUGAAUUGGCAAAUCAAGAAAGAGAAGAGGUUGACUAUGCGAUCGCACUCUCUCUCGAAGAAUACGAUCUAAAGGGGAAAAAGGUGGUUGAAGCUGAUGAAGAUGACCGCUCAGAGGAAGAAGAACCACCUACUCAUGUAGAAUCAGAAGACGAUGAACAAGUUGAAGCUCCGAAAGUGGAAGAGAAGCAUAAUGAAUCUCAAGUGGAGGAAGAUGAACAACUUGCCAAGGCUCUCCAAGAAAGCCUGAGUGUUGAAUCACCCCAUCGAUAUGAAAGUGGAAACAUGUUUCCCCCUUACCCGUUCUUCUUCCCCUCUGGGUAUAGAAUUUGUGCUGGUUGCAAUGCCGAGAUCGGGAGUGGGCGAUACUUGAAUUGCAUGGAUUCAUUUUGGCAUCCAGAAUGCUUUCGCUGUCAUGCUUGCAAUCAUCCGAUUGCUGAUGCUGAGUUCUCGGUUUGGGGGGAUCGCCCGUUUCACAAGUCCUGCUACAGGCAACAGCAUCAUCCAAGGUGUGAUGUUUGCAACAGCUAUAUUCCAACAAAUGCAGCAGGCCUUAUUGAGUAUAGGGCGCAUCCUUUUUGGCAACAGAAGUAUUGCCCCUCACAUGAGCAGGACGGAACUCCUCGAUGUUGUAGUUGUGAAAGAAUGGAACCAAGAGACACAAAAUACUUGUCACUUGAUGACGGUCGAAAGUUAUGUUUGGAGUGUUUAGACUCGGCGAUCAUGGACUCAAACGAAUGCCAACCGCUUUACCUUGAGAUACGAGAGUUUUAUGAGGGUUUGAAUAUGAAAGUGGAGCAACAGAUUCCAUUGCUGCUGGUCGAAAGGCAGGCACUGAAUGAGGCCAGGGAGGGAGAAAAGAGUGGUAACCAUCACAUGCCUGAGACAAGAGGACUCUGCUUGUCCGAAGAACAAUGCGUUACCACGAUUAUAAAGAGGCCGAUAAUUGGGCCAGGCUUUGUCUUCGGGAUGAGGACCGAGCCUUGUAGACUAGUUCGAAAAUGUGAAGUGACGGCAAUUCUCAUUUUAUAUGGUCUUCCAAGGCUGCUUGCGGGGUCAAUCCUUGCUCAUGAGAUGAUGCAUGCUUGGCUCCGGCUUAAAGGCUAUACCAAUUUAAGUCCAGAAGUUGAAGAAGGCAUAUGCCAGGUUUUGGCUCACAUGUGGUUGGACUCUGAGAUCUAUUCUAGCUCUGGAAGUGAAGUCGCAUCCUUGUCUUCUUCCUCAUCCUCGCCGUCAUUGUCUUCAUCAACGUCCACUUCGUCGAAGAAAGGUCCGUGGUCCGACUUCGAGAAAAAGCUUGGCGAUUUCAUCAAGCACCAAAUAGAGUCAGAUAGUUCGGCAGCCUAUGGAGACGGGUUUAGGUCAGGCGAACGGGCCAUGCUCAAGUACAGCCUUAGAAGGACACUUGACCAUAUGAGGAUGACAGGGACCUUUCCUACAGUUUUCUUAUCUUCCACUUCACAGUCUCCUCCCUGCUUCACUGGACCAAAAGCCAAGCUGCUUCAAGAGCAGCUUAACCAAGGUCCCUGCACUUCCAAUCCUCUUCCCAUGGCUUUCUCCGCCGUCUUCUCGCGCAACGCCUUCCCUUGCAUCUCGCCGCCGCACCCUCAACCCAUUCCCAGAAACCACCCGCUCCUUCGUCCGCCGUCGGUCAGGGUGUCGACCGCGAAAGUAAGAGCUUCUGCUGCCGCGCCGGAACCGGAUGAAGGGACGCCCGCGCAGACGAAGACCGAAGACGCCCCGAGCGCGAACGCUCAGCCUUCGACCGCGGCUGCUAAACGGCCCAAGAAGCCGGUUUACUCCAUGAAGAAGGGCCAGAUCGUGAGGGUGGAUAAGGAGAAGUACCUCGACAGUGUCAAUUAUUUAUCAGUUGGACAUCCACCUUAUUAUAAAGGUCUGGACUACAUCUAUGAGGAUCGUGGCGAGGUCUUGGAUAUACGGAUCUUUGAGACUGGAGAAUAUGCACUUAUUGCAUGGGUAGGUAUUCCUACUGCACCAGCAUGGCUUCCAACCGACAUGUUAAUCAAGUCGGAAAAACUUGACUAUGAGAGAUUGUGACAUUCCUGGUGCACCAUUGCAGAUCUCUAUACUUGUAAACAUUGAUCAUGUCUUAAUUGGAGCUAUGCCAUAUUGAGAGAAAUAGUUAAGUUUAUCCUUCAUACUAGUUUGUGUAUUGUAACCAUGUCAAGAUCAGUUUUGACAACAUUCUAAUUCCAAUUCAAAUUCAAAU